AGGCCCUGCUCGCAUGUCAGAACUCAUAAACCACGGAAAACGGUUCUGUGUCUUAAAGAGCCCAAAAAUCUGUGUCUUAAUACUGAAAAACCAGUUUGUUUACUGAACCAACCAACUCUGCUACCUCGGUCUCUUACUGUUCUUGUUGGGGGAUCCUCAGAUCUGAAAUCUGGAUUAGGAAGUGUUUCUCUGAUUGUAGAAGCUGAAGCUGCUAUUAGUGUACGAAACAAGUAGACUUUGACUGAUUAAUUCAUGGAGAGGCCAAGGCAUCAUUCUUCUGCUCGAGAUGCAUCACCCACCCCUACAAGAUCGAGGGAAUGGGGUGGCCCAUCUAGAUGGUCUGAGUACUUGAGUUCUGAAAUGUCUUCUCCAAUGUCAUCUACCAGCUGGAAGCAAAUGGGUUCAGAAGGUCCAACGCAGAAUGCAGGAUUAUCUCAGAAGGGUUUGAAUAUGCAAUUGGUUGUUCAGCUCACUGAAGUUGCAGAAGGUUUAUCGGCUAAGAUGUAUAGAUUGAAUCAAAUUCUGGAUUAUCCGGACUCGGUUUCGCAUGUGUUUUCAGAUGCUUUUUGGAAGGCAGGUGUAUUUCCCAACCACCCCAGAAUAUGUAUGCUGGUUUCAAAGAAAUUUCCAGAGCAUCCUAGCAAAUUACAACUGGAACGAGUUGAUAAGCUUGCUCUGGAUGCUUUACAAGAUAACGCAGAAGUGUACUUGCAAGGCUUGGAGCCUUGGAUCCAGCUCCUUCUUGAUCUCAUGGCAUUUAGAGAACAAGCGUUGCGACUUAUAUUGGAUCUAAGCAGUACUGUCAUUACUUUGCUGCCUCAUCAGAAUUCGUUGAUUCUGCAUGCCUUUAUGGAUCUCUUUUGUUCCUUUGUCCGUGUUAAUCUCUUCUCUGAGAAGAUACCCAGGAAGAUGCUGCUGCAAAUGUAUAAUCUUUUGCAUUCAAUGAUAAGAAAUGGCCGAGACUGUGAGUUUUAUCAUCGCUUGCUUCAAUUUAUAGACUCGUAUGAUCCACCUUUGAAAGGGUUGCAUGAGGACCUUAAUUUUGUGAGCCCCCGUAUUGGAGAGGUUUUGGAGGCUGUUGGACCUAUUAUUUUUCUGUCUACUGAUACCAGGAAGUUGAGAAAUGAGGGGUUUCUAAGUCCAUUUCAUCCUCGGUAUCCAGACAUACUUACAAAUUCAGCUCACCCAAUGAGGGCUCAAGAUUUAGCAAAUGUCACUUCUUACCGGGAAUGGGUUCUUCUUGGCUAUCUUGUUUGUCCUGAUGAGCUACUUCGUGUUACCAGCAUUGACAUUGCUAUGGUUGUACUGAAAGAAAAUUUAAUUCUAACAUUAUUCAGGGAUGAGUAUAUACUUUUGCAUGAAGAUUAUCAAUUAUAUGUUCUACCACGGAUAUUAGAAUCAAAGAAAAUGGCAAAAUCUGGACGGACAAAACAAAAAGAAGCAGAUUUGGAGUAUAGUGUUGCAAAGCAGGUUGAGAAAAUGAUAAGUGAAGUGCAUGAGCAAGCAUUGAUAUCUUGUGAUGCCAUACACCGCGACCGGAGAAUAUUACUGAAGCAGGAGAUUGGAAGGAUGGUUCUUUUUUUCACUGAUCAACCUAGCUUAUUGGCUCCCAACAUUCAGAUGGUAUUUUCCGCAUUGGCUUUAGCUCAAUACGAGGUCAUUUGGUACUUUCAGCAUGUUGGAAUUGGAUCCCCAAAAUCUAAAUCAAUCAAGAUGGUGCCAGUUGACAUAGAUCCAAAUGAUCCUACUAUAGGGUUCCUGUUGGAUGGGAUGGACCGUCUUUGCUGUUUGGUGCGCAAAUAUAUUGCAGCAAUUAGAGGUUAUGCAUUAUCUUAUUUAUCAUCAUGUGCUGGUAGAAUCCGGUUUUUACUGGGUACACCAGGCAUGGUGGCUCUUGACCUAGAUGCAACAUUGAAAGGACUUUUUCAGCAAAUUGUUCAGUGCCUUGAAAGCAUACCCAAGCCACAGGGUGAAAAUAUCUCUGCCAUUACAUGUGAUCUAUCUGCUCUGCGUAAAGAUUGGUUACAGAUUUUAAUGAUUGUAACAUCUUCCCGGUCAUCUAUAAACAUUAGACACUUGGAGAAAGCUACUGUCUCCACCGGGAAAGAAGGCUUACUAUCAGAAGGAAAUGCUGCUUUCAAUUGGUCAAGGUGUGUUGAUGAACUUGAAUCUCAGCUAUCAAAGCAUGGCAGUCUUAAAAAAUUGUAUUUCUACCAUCAUCAUCUUACAGCAGUCUUCAGGAAUACCAUGUUUGGGCCAGAAGGGCGUCCACAGCACUGUUGUGCAUGGCUUGGUGUUGCCAGUAGUUUUCCAGAAUGUGCGUCUAUGAUUGUUCCAGAAGAGUUAACAAAAAUUGGCCGAGAUGCAGUUUUAUAUGUUGAGUCUCUCAUUGAAUCCAUCAUGGGUGGAUUGGAAGGACUAAUAAAUAUUCUUGAUUCUGAAGGAGGAUUUGGCUCCUUGGAGAUGCAGCUUCUUCCAGAGCAAGCAGCCAUGUACAUGAAUCAUGCAACAAAAGUCUCAACCCCUUUGGCAAAAUCUCCAAAAGGAACUACUGGUUUGUUGUUGCCAGGUUACGAGAGUUACCCUGAAAACAGUAAUUCUAUUAAAAUGUUAGAGGCUGCCAUGCAGAGGCUGACAAAUCUGUGUUCAGUUUUAAAUGAUAUGGAACCUAUAUGUGUUCUAAACCAUGUUUUUGUUCUAAGGGAGUACAUGAGGGAAUGCAUCCUUGGAAACUUUAGGAGGAGACUGCUUGCAGUACUGAAAACUGAUAGUGAUCUUCAGCGCCCAUCUAUUCUGGAGUCAUUGAUCCGGAGACACAUUAGCAUAGUCCAUUUAGCAGAACAGCAUAUUAGCAUGGACCUCACUCAGGGAAUCAGGGAAGUUUUACUAACAGAAGCCUUUUCUGGGCCUGUUUCCUCACUGCACUUGUUUGAAAAAACGGCAGAUCAACAUACUGGUUCUGCUAUUGAAGCUGUAUGCAACUGGUAUAUUGAAAACAUUGUCAAGGAUGCAUCAGGUGCAGGAAUUCUGUUUGCACCAAUCCGCAAGUGCUUCAAGAGCACAAAGCCUGUUGGUGGAUAUUUUGCAGAGUCAGUUACAGAUCUUAGGGAAUUGAAGGCCUUUGUUCGUAUAUUUGGUGGCUAUGGGGUUGACAGAUUGGACAGAAUGAUGAAGGAACACACUGCUGCAUUAUUGAAUUGCAUUGACACAUCAUUGCGGUCAAACCGUGAGGCACUUGAUGCAGUUGCUGGAAGUAUGCAUUCCGGUGAUCGUAUAGAAAGGGAGGUGAAUUUGAAGCAGAUUGUGGACAUGGACACAGUACUUGGGUUCUGCAUUCAAGCAGGGCAAGCACUAGCUUUUGAUGGGCUUUUAGCAGAGGCUUCUGGGGCAGUACUGGAAGAGGGUGCACCUCUGAUUUUUUCUUUGCUGGCUGGGAUUUCUAAGCAUUUACCUGAUGAAAUACUAGAAAAGGACGAAAUUAGGAGGUUGAGGGGAGUUGCAAAUAGUGUUGGAGUAGGUAGUGAUCAUGAUUCAGAGUGGAUAAAAUCAAUUUUGGAAGAGGUAGGGGGUGCCAAUGAUGGUUCAUGGAACCUGCUGCCAUAUUUGUUUGCUGCAUUCAUGACAUCCAAUAUCUGGAACACAACUGCCUUCAAUGUCAAUAAUGGGGGCUUCAACAACAACAUGCACUGCUUGGCAAGGUGCAUCAAUGCUGUAAUGGCAGGGAGUGAAUUUGUGAGAGUGGAAAGAAAACAGCAACAAGAGCAGUCCCUCUCAAAUGGACAUGCUGCCGAGGUUUCAGAACCUGAAAUACAAAACCGUUUGUCUGUUGAAGCUAGCGUAAAGUCUUUGAUGCAGCUAUUUAUUAAAUGUUCUGCGGGGAUUAUACUCGAUUCAUGGAGUGAGAAUAACAGGUCUCAUCUUGUAGCAAAGCUAAUCUUCCUAGACCAGCUUUGCGAGCUCUCUCCGUACCUCCCAAGGAGCACUCUUGAAUCCCAUAUUCCUUAUGCCAUUCUCCGUUCAAUAUAUAGCCAGUACUAUGCAAAUUCUCCAUCCAUCCCUCUGGCAUUGCUAAGCCCAUCACCCCGACAAUCACCUUAUGUCUCUACAACACAUGCAUCUCCUGCAAUCCGCCAAAAUCGGAAUGAUUCUGCAGUUCAGACAAGUUCAAAUGAUUCAGGUUUCUUCAAGGCAUCAUCUCAUAGUCAGGAGCAGUUCUAUGAUACUGAUAGUGGAAGUCUACACAGUACUGACAACAACAAACAUCGGAAUGUUCGUCGUUCUGGACCCCUGGAGUAUAGUUCAAGCCGAAAAGUGAAGUUUGAAGCCUCUACUUCAGGUACCACUGGUCCAAGUCCAUUGCCAAGGUUUGCAGUGUCAAGGUCGGGUCCUUUAUCAUACAAGUAGAAUGUGGCAUAAAACUAAGGAAAUGAGAGAGUUGUAAAUUAUCUGUUUCUCUUCUUGGAUAAUGAGCUAAUUAUUUGUGCACAAUUACUUGAUGGUCAGAUAGGAAGUUCCAGGGAACACAAACAUUGUUAAGAGAAUGUAGCCAAGUCAUUGAAGGUAGAGCCAAGCUGCAUGCCAGUUUUAGUCAUUGUCAAUAGUUGGUGACUUGAUUGAGAUAUCAGGAGCCUGCGGUUGCACAGUAA